AUGUUAACAACAAUGGGGUCAUUAUACGGUUUAUGUUACGAGAAAAUUUUGACGGUGGUGGGUAUAUUGACACUCUCACAUACAGCGUGGAAUGUUUAUCUCUUCAACCAUGAGAUGAAGUGGAUUGUCAAUAGUCAUUCGGUAAUGACAUACCCUAAAAUGGUUUAUUUGGAGCUCGUCCUCUCAAUGAUGCUAAUCUUAUACGGGAUCUUGGCUUCUCUAUUUGUACCUUCUUCACCAUCGAUUGUAUUGAAGGAAGGCGUAUGGACGGUAUCAUUGAUGGAGGAAAAUGCGAGACAUCCACUGCGUUCAAUAUCAAUCUCGAGGGCAAAUUCGUACACGGAAAGGAUGGGCAAGUCGACUUUUGCCCUCUUGGAGACACGACCUUCAUUUGCAUCCCUCCCCGAGAGAGCACUCUCUUUCCAAAGAGCCGUGGGUCACAUGCACGCCACAGAAGUUGGGAAAUAG